AAAUGCACUAAAUCAAGGUGACUUCUAUGUGAUUGAUGAUGGAAAAUAUGUUUAUAAGACGGAUUACAGUGAUAAUUAUUUUUACCAUUGUUACCAAAUGUAAAGGAUUGGUGCUAUUGACCUCUGACCAACAGUACGUACCUUUGUAUGGACAAACAACGCUUACGUGCAAAGUUGAAAUGGACGGUGUUAUAGAAGUUAACUUCAAAAAAGGCAGCAUUCGACUCAUUUACCUUAGCUCAUGCAGUAUAUUUGAUUGCCAAGUAUCAAACGCGACGAAAUAUAGUGUAUCAAAGAAUACUCAGCCAAAGGGGUAUGACUUGUUUUACCUCACUAUCAGCGACUUCAGAGAAACUGACAGCGACGAUUAUCACUGUGAAGUACAAGACAAUGGAGAAUCUGGAUCCAAGUUUAUUACUCACGCAGUGGGUAUAAAAUCGGUUACACUGACGCCAAACAUUACAUCUAUUUCCGUCAUUGAAAACGCUCAGCAGCAAUUCACGUGCGUUACUUCGGUCAGUCGUCCGGAAGCUGUCGUGAAGUGGUACAUAAAUGAUCAAGAAGUCACUUCCGGGAUAGUCCAAGUCACAUCACAAGAUGCAACUACGAGUACUCUUUCAUACACACCUGAACAGCUACAUCAGGACAGGAAAAUCACUUGUCGAGGAAGUAAUGGUGGACAGGACGUCAUUUCUACAAAUAGGCCAACACUUGACAUUCUCUACGGACCAAGUGUUCCAACUUGCACUUUUGAUGGUUAUGCUAUGCCCUCUUUGAUCAAAGUAAGGGAAGGAUGGGACUUCCGACUUAACUGCAACAGUGACGGGAAUCCGUUACCAACAAUUUCAUGGUCACAUCCUGGGGAUGGUCCCUCCAGUCCUCUUGUUUUGAGUAACGCUCAACGGACACAUGAUGGAAUCUUCAACAUAAGUGCUAGAAGCUAUUUAGUCCCUUCAUUUCAACACACUGCGAACCUUUCUAAUUCCGCCAUAAUAGCUGUCCAAGUAUUCUAUCCACCAGGUUCUCCAAGCUGCAGUGUUGGAUCAGCGACAAUUACAUCGAGUAGCAUAAAUGCUAUAAGGGGAAAUACUAUUGUUAUAUAUUGUUCCUGCGAUAGCAAUCCUGCGCCCAGCUAUUCGUGGUCUAUGACUGGGGUUUCUUCGUCAACGACAGGACAAAAUCUUGAGGUUAUUGUUCAAGAUUCGACUACGGUAACUUUAACCAUCAACAACAUCAUGCCCUUCACAAGUGGAAGUACUGAACGAGGGAUGGUGGAAUCUUCUUUCAAAGUCCAAGUUCUUUUUCCUCCUGCGGUUAAGUCAAUGAAGAACGUCAUUGGUCUCGAACGAGAAAAUAUUACUAUGGCUUGUCAGGUAACUGCCGGUUUUCCAAACAAGACUCGCAUUAAAUGGGAGAGAAUAUCUGAUAUGACUUCAGUCUCCAUUGGACAGGAGCUUGGUAUCGCUAACAUAGAUCGAACACAAAGUGGAUACUAUAGAUGUACAGCUUCAAACCUCAUGGAACCUACAGGCGGUGACGCAAUCGUUGGAAACAGUAGCAAUAUAGUCUACAUUGAUGUGCAAUAUGAGGCCGAAGUGACGAAUUUUACAAUACUUAAUGUUUAUCACCUAGAAAGUUUUGAAGUUAAUGAAAACACAUUAGUCAUAUUGUAUUGCCAAGCUGAAAGUAAUCCUCUUUCAAAUAUAGUGUUGUCUAAACAAAGUCAAAAUUUGAAGAUAGCGAAUAGCACAAGCGAUUUGGAAUUCACGAUCAGCAAAAGUGUUUGCGAGGACGAAGGAACUUACCAGUGUACAGCACAAAACACACACAAUACUAAAGCGCAUGUCAGGUCCUUGACGCUUUUUGUUCGAUGUGCUCCCCGUGCAUCGUCAUUGUUCCCAAGAGACCAGAACGUCACAAGCGCUACCGGAGUGCCUGCAUUACUAACUCUUAAGUUAGUAGCAUUUCCAAGACCAAGUGUUAAGGACUUUGUAUGGGAAAAGGAAGUUGUAGCUUCUGGUACGUGGCAUAUGGUUUCAAAUGACUCAGACAUCGACACAAUUACUUCUGCAGACGGACUUCAGACUAAAUUAAUCUUCAGUUCCGUAAAAGAAGACGAUUUCGGGUACUACCGCGUACAUGUCAACAACGAACUUGGAAAUUACACUGAAACGUUUCGACUGCAGGCGCAAGAGCGUCCACAUUCUCCAUCCAAUCUGCAAAACUUCCGAAAAGCCACAGUUGAUACGAUAUACAUUGAAUGGACACCAGGGUUUGAUGGAAAUCUGCCGCAAACAUUUCACGUUGAGUACAGAGAAGUUAAAUCCUCUGUCUGGAGGAACUCACUACAUUGA